CUUCGACCUCUGUGAACAUAUUAUCAUUGCACUGACAUCUGUCCACCUGUUUCUCCUCCGUCCUUGUAUCCUACUUCAUCUUCUCGCUCAGUCCUUCUCACCCUCCCAGCUUUCAAUUUUCCUGAGUGGGCCGCUUGCGGGCUUUUGACGCUGCCUUCACUAUCUACUUGCUGGCUCCGCGAGGAAUGGUUCCAACUCAAGCCGCGGACCGUCAAUUGGCCUGACUGCAACAUUGUCUUUGCGCUGUUAAUGUGAAAUGCGAAGCGAACCAUCUUUGUAUCAACUCAACCUAUUUCCAGAUGGGCUCAAAAUACCCUAAAGCCGUUGAGUAAAGAGGGCUGUGGUGUCAUCACACAUUGUCACUCAUACUUGCUGUAUUCCCCUUCACCUGAAAAUGGCUGACAUGCAAGAUCAAGGCAUCACUCUUCCGGGUGAGGAAGGCACGAUAACCCCUCCACGACCCGACCACUUUGACCUCGCUUAUCCCGAAAUUUAUCUACAGCUUUCCCUCGAGUCCUUGCUCGCUCACUCGCAUCUCACCUCUUCGACGUCCCAAGCCAUGCCUGCCUCUGACACACGUUCGUCGUCCCUCGACGACAGUUGGGCAUCCCUUACGGAUAUCGAAUCUUCAAAUGAGGAUGAUAUCAGGUCUGAACAUACAGAUGUAGGCUCCCUGCUCGAUGUACACAGCUCAGACGAUGUCCACAGCGUUGUGGAAGGGCUUGAUAUGAGUGACGGAGAGUCUACUGAUGAGGGUGAUAUCGGAGACACUUCUACAGAAGAUCUGGGCUGCACAAGGGUUCUCCAAACGUCAACAAUAAAAUUGUCUGUUGAGCGCGAGCUGACACUCGACUCGUCGCUUGUCCAUACUCACGGCCAUGUGCAAGACCAAGCCGAGACUGCGUCUGUUCGCUAUCCCCCUAGCUGGACUCAUACCACCACAAGACCAAUUAUGCAGGAUGAUGCUCGCAAGGUCAAUCAGCAAUUAGAAAACGAGAAUGAAGCCACAAGGUACAAUAUCGUGACCAACAUGACUAUCCUGAAUGACAACUCAGAUCUAAAUGCUCUCGACUAUUUCAAAGUCGUUCUUCUUGGCAGCCAUGUUGAACAGUUUCAACCGGAAAUUCAAAGAAAGCUUGGAGAUGUAUUGGUCUCACAGACACCUACAGGGAGAGCCAAACGAACAUCCAUCUCGAGGUACCACCUGGUGCCAAACUCUUUUGGACCCGGUGCAGAACCAGACUUCGCCGACCUGGUUGCGAUUGACAAGCAAAUCGACUUUGACUGUUACAAUAUGAUUGAAGAAGAUGGUAGUCUGGGUCCCGAUUCCCGUUUGAUGUUAAGAAAUAGUCAAACAGUCUCCGAAUUGGUAUCAAAAUGGAUUGGCCACACGCAUAUGGUGGUCACACCUCGUUGGGUACCUCCCGAUCUCGCUGUCAUUUGUGUCGAACUCGAUGAGAGAGGACGUAUGGACGGCAAUAGCCACGCUUUCCUAAAAUUCGUGGCUCGCCAUAAUAUCGCAAGCAUUGUUAUCAGAAUGGAUCGUGGUUGGUUUGGCCAGUACUCUGAUAGUAUCUGGAAACCGGAUUGGCUUUCCGAGGCCAUCGGACCUGCAUCCCCAAACACGCAAACGAAGGAUAAAGAGUUUCCGAAACAACCUGUGAGCGUUGCAUCCUUCCUGAAUCUUGACUCGUCUGCGUUGAACAAGCAUAUCGCCUUCAUCACAUCGAGAUCCGCAGAAGUCAUCCCGAGCGAACCACACUCUGGGAGUGAGAUCCGAGAAGAAAUGUUCAAAAAGAAUUCGGAUAGUCCAAGGUCAUUCUUGGUACGCAAUGCUCCUACAAUAAAGUCCAUCUUGAUGGUGCUCUGGGUGAUCUCGAUCUUUUUUCUUGGUACACAGCUGCUGCCGACGGUCUACAAUACGCUUUUCAGCAACUUUAGCCACACCGUCAAAGAUAUAUCAGGGCCAACCAACACGAUACCUACCUGUACGCCGGAAGCUGCUGCUGCAACAUCUGAGACAGCACUACAGGGUUCCGCAAGCAUUGUAGCAGUCAGCGAUAUGAAUCUUGCUGCUAUCUCGAACAGUCUUGGCCACUCUAUGACCAAAGAUGCUGUACACUUUCAAGUCGGGAUCGCGGGUGACAAUCAAUUGGUUGUUAGACUGCCGAAAGUCGCCACGAACCGAAAGAAGCGGUCCCCAUUAGGCGUCGUGCUGGAAAGAGACAACGAAUCAAUUCGCGCUGUUGUGCAUGAGAUCUUUGAUGGAGUAUACAGCGUUCAACUUCAACCUCGCGAUGCACAUGGAGACGUCAAGGUACAUCUGGCCAUGAGCAAGCCUGAACUGAGCGAGACUUUGACUAUAUCAUUCGGAGACCGCUCAGCUUUGAGCCUACUGUCCCUGAGGAAAGCGCGCCAGAAGCUCGAGUCGCAAUUCCUUGAAGCUUAUGCAACUUUGGAAAAGGAGAUUGAAGCUUUAUUCGACAGCAUAGGUCAGCGAAUGGGUGCCGCUGAGGGACCACUUCUUAACUUGUUGAAAACGCACGCCUCCCCUCUGAGAGCCAUGCAGGCAGAGUUCAACGAAAUGGCUGAGCGAGGGAGUUUGCAGAGCAAGAGAGUUGUGAAGCUUCUUACGGAAAGCAUGUCCAGCACAAGAGCAGCAAUGUCUAGCUUCCUUGAGAGCUUGCACACGGAUACGUUGAAGCCCCAAUUUGGCAGGACUACGGUUGUUCACAAGCUGGCCGCAGCACAGAAGCGGGCGCAACAAAUCGUUGCCAACGCCAAAAACAAAGUGAAUGCAUGAAUGUGUAUGAGGACGAUGGAUGAUAGGAGUCAUAGAUUUCAGGGACUGGAGUUGAACGACACUGAUUGGGUCCAUGAAGUCACCGCAUGAGGUAUUGGGUAGCAGUAGCGCAUGAGUUUCAUGGGAAAUCAAGGGUGAAGUUUAUUGAUGUUGUGAUUACAUUAUACCCGCAUAAGAUAGGCCUUUUCUUCCAUACUGAGAGGUGUAUUGAUGAGAUUAAUGAAUUGAAGAGACAGUU